AUGGAGGACACACAGAAAGAUACCGUCUCUGAGAACGUCUAUCUCAACACAGAGGAUCCUGAAAUCAGUGAUGAUCAGUCUGGAAUUUACGAGACUUUUUACCUGAACACAGAAAAACAAGGACAACUGAACAUAGAUGAGCAAGAACCCCUGAACACUGAUAUGCGAGGACCAGGUGUUCAGAUGAAGGAGAAGCAGGGACCUCCUCACAGGUUGGCUGUUGUGUGUCUGGGGCUACUGUGUGUUGUCUUGCUGGCCACCAUUGUAGGGAUGUAUGUAAAACACAAUGCAGACACAGUUUACCUCCAGACCCGUUAUGAUCUCCUAACCAAAGAGAGGGACCAGUUACAAACCAGUAUGGACAACGUAUCUACGGAAAGAGACCAGUUACAAACCAGAAUGGACAUUGUGACUAUGGAGAGAGACCAGUUACAAACCAGAAUGGACAACGUGACUAUGGAGAGAGACCAGUUACAAACCAGAAUGGACAACGUGACUAUGGAGAGAGACCAGUUGCAGUCCAGUUUAAAUAACAUGACCAUGGAGAGGGACAGGCUUCAGAGAAAUCUCUCUGGAAUGGAAAAUUACCAGGACAGGCUGAUGGAGGACAUUGAGAGAGACCCAGACUCUGACUGCAUGUACAUGAACACAGAGGAUCCUGAGCUCACCGAUGAUCCAGACGCAAUUUAUGAGACUUUCUACCUGAACACAGAAACACAAGGUCCUCUGAAAACUCACACACAAGAGUCAGGUGUUAAAGUAGAGAAGAAACAGGUACUUUCAGGAGGAUUUGUGACACUGUUCCUGGUGCUUCUGUGUGUUCUCUUGCUGGCCAUCACAAUAGGAGUGUGUGUGACACUCGUCAAAGAGAGAGACAAGUUGAGGACCAGUUACACCAGUGUGACUGCGGAGUUAGAUCAGUUACAGGCCAGCUAUAGCAAUCUCACUCAGGAGAGGGACCAGUUGCAAAACAGCUCUAACAGGCUUCUAACCAGUCUCACCACCCUUUCCAAAGAAAGAGACCAAUUAGAAACCAGUUACAACAUCCUGAGACUGGAGAGAGAUGGACUUCAGAGGAAGCUUUCUACACAAGAAAACUGGGCCCAGAGCAGACAGGACUGCAGAGGAAAAGGAGGAGAUCUGGUCAUUAUAAACAGCAGAGAGGAACAGUGGUUUCUAUAUUCACUGAGGGUGAAGUUUUGGAUUGGUCUAACUGAUGAGGACACAGAGAGAGAAUGGAAGUGGGUGGAUGGAACACCACUGCACACUGGGUACUGGAGAAAUGGUGAACCCAACAACGGUGGAGCGUCCAGGCAUAAAGAGAACUGUGUUGAGUUGACUACCAUGGCUGCCAUGACUGGAGACUAUUUUAGGAGCUGGAAUGAUCUUCCAUGUAACCAACAGCUAAACUGGGUCUGUGAGAAGGCACUGGUUUAA